UUGUGUGUGGUUUUUUCUGGCUGGUCUCUUACAAAGAUGUCCGGGCGUGGGAAGCAGGGCGGGAAGGCGCGCGCCAAAGCCAAGUCGCGCUCGUCGCGGGCCGGGCUGCAAUUCCCCGUGGGCCGCGUCCACCGGCUGCUGCGCAAGGGCAACUACGCGGAGCGGGUGGGCGCCGGCGCCCCGGUGUACUUGGCGGCCGUGCUGGAGUACCUGACGGCCGAGAUCCUGGAGCUGGCGGGCAACGCGGCUCGCGACAACAAGAAGACGCGCAUCAUCCCGCGGCACCUGCAGCUCGCCAUCCGCAACGACGAGGAGCUCAACAAGCUGCUGGGCAAGGUGACGAUCGCGCAGGGCGGCGUGCUGCCCAACAUCCAGGCCGUGCUGCUGCCUAAGAAGACUGAUAGUCAUAAAGCUAAAACAAAAUGAAGCCAUUUAAGACACAAAACAGACAAAAAGGCUCUUUUAAGAGCCACCCACAA